AUGGUGGAUCCUCUCAGCAUCACUGUCUCCGUUGUAGGCAUCACCACGGCGGCCCUUCAGAGUAUUCAGUUCCUCAUUCAGACUAUCGACAAGAUCAAAGAUGAUCCCGACACUAUCAAAGGUGUUAGCACAGAUCUUCACGUAAUUCAGCCUGUUUUGCAAAAUCUGGUCAAAUUGGCGCAAGACAAUUCUUCGCCAAUCAUUCUCAGCGAACAGAUCACACACGCUCACUGGCUAGAACGUUCCACGGAAGACAAGAUUUUCUGGAUUGACAGGUGGAGAGUUGGACUGUUCGGGCUCGAGCGGAUCAAGACAUUUAGAGCGCAGUUAAGUGACUGCAAAGGCACCCUUAGCAUCGCCCUCUCUACAGCCACAAUCAUUACAACAUCCCGUCAAGAGCAUUUGAUGCAAGAAAUGAAAGACAUGAUGCUCCAACAAAACGAACUUGUUAUUCAGCAGCAGAUCGCCCGGGCAGAUGUUGAAACGAGGGAGAUACAGCUCAGAAUGCAGCAACUCCCCGCAGGCAAUGACAACGAAUUGGCAACUACAACACCACAACUCAGAGAAUGUGAACCGAGUAGAGGGGAGCUUCUUCACGAGCUUGGGAAACGGCAUACCGCCAAUCAAUCCUUCAUAAAGAUGUGCGAGGAAGCGCUUUCCCAAACCCACUACCAGCGAACAGGGGAGAAACUCAAGGGUGUCAGAGCGACAAACAACAGCUCGACUAUCACGGGUUUCAUCAACACCUCUGGAGAAGAGUCAAAGAUCGAUCAGGACAUUUCGGACGUCACCGCCGACAACUUCAGUAUUGCAGUUGCCGGAGUCGUGAAGAAUCUGGAUUUCAAGAAUUUGCGUCCCAGCGGCCCAGAUAAAGUUUAA